AUGGUGAAGGAGGAGGGAGAGGAGGAGGAAACGGUGAAGGAGGAGGGAGAGGAGGUGGACAUGGUGAAAGAGGAGCCAGAGAAUCUCAUCCACAUCACAGGCUAUAUUGGUCCUAACCAAACAGCGAAGGUAAAAUCCUCUUGCAUGAUCCACCCCUGGCAUUCAUCUACUGAUAUGUCGAUCUGUAUGGAAGCUCUGAGAUCAAACCCCUCACAUCUGAGAGACCUGAAUCUGAAUGAUAAUAAAUUAGGGGAUUCAGGAGUGAAGCUGCUCUCUGAUGUACUGAAGGAUUCACGCUGUAAACUGGAGAAACUACAGCUGAAUGGCUGCAGUAUUACAGAUGAAGGUUUUGUUGCUUUGGCUUCAGCUCUGAGAUCAAACCCAUCACAUCUGAGAGAUCUAAAUCUGACCCUUAAUAAACCAGGAGAUUCAGGAGUGAAGCUGCUCUCUGAUCUAUUGAAGGAUUCACGCUGUAAACUGGAGAAACUACAGCUUUCCAGUUGUGGUAUUACAGAUAAAGGUUUUGAUGCUUUGGCUUCAGCUCUGAGAUCAAACCCCUCACAUCUGAGAUAUCUGGAACUGAUGGAUAAUAAACCAGGAGAUUCAGGAAAGAAGCUGCUCUCUGAUCUAAAAAAGGAUCCAAAGUGUAAACUGGACAUAUUAUGUAUUUGACUUCUAUCACUCAAUGGUGAAAACUUCAAGACCUUCAGCUGGUGAAUCAAAAUAUCUGUUGUAUGUCCUGAACAACACGAUCAGCUGAACAAACACAUUUAUAUUAAUCCAUUUACAAGCCAAACACUUCUGUUAUAUGAACACAGAUAAAAAUUUACUUAAAUAUGAAUCUACUGUAUGUGCUGUCAGAGUCUUACCCUAAUUUGUUGUUGGUUUUCUCCUCAUCUUUUCUGUUAAUUAAUAAUUAAUAGACGUUGCAUCAUCACGGUGAGCGACACGGCUGCAAACUUAAAGCAUGUUUUAAUUACACUGUAUGGGAGGUGUUCAAUUAUGACUCCCUGGAUGAAAUGUCUACAUUGAUAACACAUUACAUAGAUGUUUAUGUGCAGACAGUGAUAACCUCAAAGAAGAUAAAGAUUUAUCUGAAUAACAAGAAAUAUAUAACCAAGAUGUUAAACAGGUGAUGCAUUUGAGGAAAAGUGCCUUUAAGAAGAAGGAUACAAAACAAAAUAAGUGUUUGAUUAAGGAGUUAAAGGGAAAAUAUGUAUGGAAAGAAGGACAUACAGGUUAAAACUAGAAGAUGCCUUCAAAAGUAAUAAUGCAAAGCAGGUCUGGACUAUGAAGGGAAUGACAGGAUUAUCAUUCAACCACACAGAAGCCAUUAGUUGUCGAUCAUGAGAGGACUUAGAUUUGAUAAAGGGAAAAUUCUGGAUAAGAGCAAGAGUUUUAUUAAUUCAGUUUCACUAGAGGGGUCAAGUAGGAUUGAGAUCACGGUUGAGCAUGUGAGGAGUUAAAAAAUUAAAUCAGAGGAAGGACACAGGACCAGACAAUCUCAGUGCAUUUUCUCUGAAAAAUGUUGCAGAUGAGCUUGCAUCUGUGUGACAGAUUAUUUUUCAGAGGUCUUUAGACACUCACAGCAUUCCCAAAAUGUGAAAGAUAUCACAUGUAAUACCUCUGCCAAAGAAAGCAGAAUUAAGUGAUUUUCCACUAUAGGUUUAAUCGCUAUUAUUAUGAAAACUUUAGGAGAGAUUGUGGUAAAAGUGCUUUGGAAAACAGUAAUUGGACAUGAAUCAGUUAGCAUAGAAGAAAAAUCGCAGUACUGAAGAUGAAGUUGCAACAUUGCUACAACUGAUUUUAAAACACCUGGAUAAGCCCAAAACUACACAGUAGCUCGAGUCCUUUUUCUAGAUAUUACCUCUGCAUUUAAUACCAUGCAACCAGAGCUUCUAUUGACAAAAAUGAUUCAAAAAUGUAAAUUAACCCGUAUCAGAUUGCUGAUUCAAUAUUAUUCCUCAUUCUUGAUAGGCAGAAUACAGAUGUUGAGAGUCAAUCAUAUGAAUUCAAAUUAUAUUGUCACUUAUUCAGGAGCACUUUUCUAUUCACCUGAUAUACAGAUGAUUAUAAAACAGAUAAUGCUAACAUAAAUACUGAAGUUUUCAGAUGAUACUGUGAUGUUGUCUUUAUUGAGGAUGACUCCAGUUUUCAUCAUUGUUGUAUGAAUAGACAAGUAGAAUGCUGUGAUAGUAAUCACUUAUAAUAAAUAAAGAGAAAGAAAGGAAGUUAUCUUUAAUUCUCAAGGGAUUGUACAUGAUACACUGACUGAAAUUUUGACAUCUUAUAAAUAUUUGGGUGUCUUUGUGGACGCUUGUUUAUCCUGGAGUGCACAUAUUGAGGAUCUCUGCUGUGAAGUAAAUAACCAUACCGUGACAAUGUGCUGCCAGAGCAAUGGAGAUAAAAUAUUUAUGUUGAAUUGUAAAUGUUUAUAUUCAGAUGUACGUUGUUUCUUUAGUUGAUUAGAUGCAAUAACUGUGAAUCAUUGUAACAUUUGUUUAAAUUGAUAUAAUUAUGUGUGGAUUUUUUUAGAGGAAUGUAAGUAAAACCAACAAUUUUGCCAAAGCUCUGUAAUCUUAUUUGUGUCAAAUUAAAAUUGUGCAUUGAUCACU